AUGGGGGAAGUGGUGAGGCGGCGCCCCAUCAUUGCUGGCAGGGAAAGAGGCCCCGGGCCGGGGCGUUAUGCUCUUCCCCCCACUAUCGGUUACAUCAACCAUGACUACACCAAACCCAGCAGCCCGGCCUACUCCUUCCACAGCCGCAUGAGCAGCAACAUGGUGUCUGUGGAUUCCAGUCCAGGGCCGCAAUAUCAUGUAGAUGCCAAAAUGACACGCUUUGGUAGAGACGGUACUCCAUCGUACUCCAUGCAGGGCAGAAAGAAGAAGACAGCUGAUACAUUCCAGACUCCUGGACCCGGAGCCUACAGUCCUGAGAAAGCUCCACCUUUGAACCUUCACCACAAACCUCCGUCUUACACCAUGGCCUACCGCACACGCUACCGCAGUGUGGACCCUGUACCGGCCCCCAACCGCUACACCUUACCCAACCUCUUCGGCUCUCAUGUUCCCCACAAACCCGCCAGCGCUAGCUUCACAAUAUCAGCACGCAGGAAAGCAGGCGGCCCAUCGGAGGACCUGUCCAUGACCCCAGGGCCUGGCCGUUACAACAGCACAGAGCCAAGCAUUUACCUGAACAGACAGCCUUCUUUCUCCCUGCAAAGCCGUAGUAAUAUUCCCAGCGAUGCCACUCGGAAGCCUGGUCCAGGCACGCACAGCCCAGAAAAGGUGACGGCACACUUGCCUCGUGCACCAUCUUUCUCCAUGGGUGUUCGUCACUCAGAGUUUGUAACACCACUGAUUGUUGACGUAUUAGAGUAUUAGACAUAUUAGUAUUAAAUGU